GAUUUUACGAGAACCGCGACUUUAUCCUUUCACCUGAGUUCCAAUUUGGGGGUUGUUCGGACGCUUUUUUGGAUUUAAUAGUAGCAAUUGCUAUUUGCAGCAGCUGUGCGCUAAUUUGCAGUGUUAAAGUUUCUAGGGGUUUGAGUCCGUUCAAUCAAUCAAUUUUCUUUUUCAUUUUUUUCGAUUACUAUUACUCUCUCGUCUCUGCGACAAACCGACGCUCUCUCCAGAAGUCUAGAUUUUUCGCGUAUAGAUCCGUGUCCUGUUCGGGAUUUUACAUAAUCACAAAGGAGGCUCCAAGUCCUAUAGAAUAGCUUUGUGAAUUGAAGGAGAGAGAGGAAAGCAGCUGCUUCUGCAGGAAAAGUUCUCUUGAUGACAUUUUGACAUUUUUGCAAUGUCAGGGUUGCUCAAUUCAUCAAUAAACGGAUCAACUUCAAGUCUUCCGGACAGUACAGGACGCUCAUUUUCUUCAUCUUUUUCUGCUCAGUCUGGUGCUGGUUCUCCUGUUUUUCAUCACACUGGAAAUAUGCAGGGCCUGCAUAAUAUGCAUGGAAAUUUCAAUGUCCCAAACAUGCCUGGUGCACUUGGAUCAAGAAGUACAACCAUGAAUAAUGUUCCUCCCAGUGGGGUGCAACAAGGAGCUGGCAACCUUUCUACUGGACGAUUUGCAUCAAGUAACAUCCCAGUUGGUCUUUCUCAGAUAUCUCACAGCAGUGCACAUGUUCAUUCAGGGAUGACGAGUAGAGGUGGUAUGGGUGUUGUCGGAAACCAAGGAUAUAGUAGUAGUACAAAUGGAGUGGGUGGUUCUAUUCCUGGAAUUCUCCCAACCUCUGCUGGAAUUGGCAAUCGGACAACUGUUCCAGGUCUGGGCGUCUCUCCUGUUCUAGGAAACACAGGGCCCCGGAUUACAAGCUCGGUGGGGAGUAUGGUGGGUGGGGGCAACAUUGGCAGAAAUAUUAGCUCUGGUGGAGGUCUAUCAGUCCCUGGACUUGCUUCUCGCCUAAAUUUAACUGCCAACAGUGGUUCUGGAAAUCUAAACCUGCAAGGACAAAAUAGGCUGAUUGGCGGUGUACUGCAACAAGCUUCUCCACAGGUAUUAUCAAUGUUAGGCAAUUCCUUCCCUGCUGGUGGUGGUCAUUUAUCACAAAACCAUGUUCAAUCUGUGAAUAACCUUUCUAGUAUGGGCAUCUUGAAUGAUGUGAAUUCCAAUGAUGGUGCCCCUUUUGAUAUUAAUGAUUUCCCUCAGCUGACUAGUCGUCCCAGUUCUUCUGGAGGCCCACAAGGACAACUGGGUUCAUUGCGGAAACAAGGUCUUAGCCCUAUUGUUCAACAAAAUCAAGAGUUCAGCAUUCAAAAUGAAGAUUUUCCAGCCUUACCUGGAUUCAAAGGUGGCAAUGCUGAUUACUCUAUGGACCUACACCAGAAGGAACAACUUCAUGAUAGUUCUGUUUCUAUGAUGCAGCCUCAACAUUUUUCUAUGGGACGGUCUGCUGGGUUCAAUUUGGGGGCAACAUACUCAUCUCAUCGGCCACAGCAGCAACAGCAACAUGCUCCACCAGUCAGUGGCAGCGGUGGGCCUUUUUCAAGCUUAAAUAACCAAGAUCUACUCCAUUUACAUGGUUCGGAGAUGUUUCCAUCAUCACAUUCAAACUAUCACUCACAGAGCAGUGGACCUCUAGGUUUAGGAUUGAGACCGCUGAAUAGUCCGAGCUCAGUGUCUGGUAUAGGGUCGUACGACCAGGUUCUACAGCAAUAUCAACAGCAUCAGAAUCAAUCACAGUUUCGCCUUCAGCAAAUGUCUGCUGUUGGUCAACCUUACAGGGAUCAAGGAAUGAAGCCCAUGCCGGCUGCCCAGGCAGCUUCAGACCCAUUUGGUUUGCGUGGUUUGUUGAGUGUGAUAAGAAUGAGCGAUCCUGAUUUGACGUCUCUUGCACUUGGAAUUGACCUUACUACGCUAGGAUUGAACUUGAAUUCUACGGAAAAUCUCCACAAAACAUUUGGUUCCCCCUGGUCAGAUGAACCUGCCAAGGGAGAUCCAGAAUUCACUGUGCCCCAAUGUUAUUAUGCUAAACAACCGCCACCACUAAGUCAAGCAUACUUCUCAAAGUUCCAACUGGACACACUGUUCUAUAUUUUUUAUAGUAUGCCGAAGGAUGAAGCGCAACUAUAUGCCGCAAAUGAAUUGUACAAUAGAGGCUGGUUCUAUCAUAGGGAGCAUCGAUUGUGGUUUAUGAGAGUUGCUAACAUGGAGCCUCUUGUAAAGACAAGUGCAUACGAAAGAGGUUCUUACAUAUGUUUUGAUCCAAACACAUGGGAGACAAUUCGCAAGGAUAAUUUUGUUGUCCAUUAUGACAUGUUGGAAAAGAGACCGGCCCUGCCUCAACAUUGAUGAUCUGCUGACUCUGUAAAUCUUCAGGUUCAACUCGUCUUUAGGACAGAAACAGGCUGUUUAAUUCUUCUCCUGCUUGGCCAUUGUAAGCAAUCAUUGCAGCAAUGUUGUCUUUGUUAUUAGCUGUUGUAGUCUCUCUGUAUCUUUUGCAUGGAAUUAAUUAUCGAUACGUAUUAGGACAGUUUCGUUGUAUCUUUCUUUUGCUUAUAUAGUUUUUUAUCAAUUACAGAACAAAUUGCAUUUCAAUUUUUUAGAAUUAAUCUAUUUAGAUAUCUUUAUCCUGGAUUUA